AUGUCCAGGGUUGGUGAGCAAAGUAGCACAGCUCCUCGGGGCGAGGAUUACAGUUAUGAUCAGGCCAGUCAGCAUAUGUUGCUACUUGCGAAUCGGUUCAACAGAUCCAGAAGUUUGCCCGAUGUGGAUAGGGCGUUGUUCGUAAGUGAACCGUCGGCCGCCGUGAUGGUGAUGACUUCCUACAGUUCUUAUGUGCAGUUUCCUUCGAGUACACAGCAAAGUACGCUCAACGUGACCAGUUUUGCCGCAAGCAAUGAGUCCUCCGUUUACUUACACGCCACCGCCCACAUUCCGGAUGCUACAAUCCCAUCCGCAACGGAUCUCGAUCAGCAAACGUUUUUCUACUAUGCCGAAUUGUUGAGUGUGAUAAAUUUCUACUAUGUACCGGCACUGGUCCUGUUCGGCAGCAUCGGAAACAUUCUGUCCGUUUUAGUGUUUUUCAAGACGAAACUACGAAAGCUAUCAUCCUCCUACUAUCUCGCAGCCCUAGGUCUAAGUGAUACGUUUUAUUUGAUUUGCCAGUUUGUUGCGUGGCUGAAUUUGGUAGAUCUCAAAAUCUACAUACAGGAAAUCUGUUGUCGGUUCUUUACCUUCUCAAGCACACUGUGCUGCUUUCUGUCGGUGUGGUUUGUGGUAGCGUUUACCGUAGAACGUUUCAUCGCUGUACUUUACCCACUCAAGCGACAAACGAUGUGUACAGUGAAACGGGCCAAGAUCGUCAUCGUCGCGUUGACAAUGGGUGGAGUUUUUAUCAGCUUACCGAUUUUCUUCUUCGCCUCGCCACAGUUCUCGGUUUCGAUGAAUGAUACCAUCUGUGACAUAGUGCUGGAAUAUAAAGACCAAGCCGCAGUCUUCAACGUCUUGGAUUUCAUUCUAGUUUUUGUAGUGCCCCUCACCAUUAUUGUUCUUCUGAACACAUUUACAGCACUAACGGUAUGGAAGUUCGCUAGCAUACGACGAACGAUGACCAUUCCACGAGGGUAUAGCGGGAAUGUGCGUGGUUCGCGAAGACUUGUCAACAUGUCUAACAGUCAGUCCUUUGGCAGUGGAAGUGGUACCGUAGCCGUCCAGCAGAUUCAGCUUCUCAGUCGGAGUCGAGUAGCCAAUUCUCAAAUUAAAGUUACGAAAAUGCUUCUUAUCGUAUCAACGGUAUUCGUUUGCCUCAACCUUCCGAGUUACAUAAUAAGAGUGAAAAUUUAUCUAGAGACAGAACAGACCAACAUGAAUCUAUACCUGGUACAAAACUGUUGUCAGCUCUUUUUCAUGACAAACUUCGGAAUAAAUUUUAUAUUAUACUGCGUAAGUGGACAAAACUUUCGAAAAGCAGUGUUUGGGAUGUUUCAAAAACGAAGCCAAAGGCAAAUAAAUUUAGAACAUACCUCAGGAACACAAGUAACAGAAUUUUUCUUGCGCUCCAAUGGUUCCAAGAUGAGAAGAAACACGACUAUCUCAGAUACUGCAACGUGGCGAGAUCUCACUGAUUAUGAAAUCACAAAUUUCAUCAAAUGA